UAGUUGAUGCUUUAAAUUCUCCAAUGUAUGAAUUCGGAGUGGACUGCUUUACUAGACAUGAGGGAUUGAUAGAAAACACUACGAUAUUCGUGCGAUACGAUGGAAAACCUGUUGUCAACUCCUCUGUCUGCCAAUACUAUGCCUUUGAACUAGCUGAAGACACUAGCGGUAGCCACAAAAUGUGUGUCAAACCCCUUUACUUCAUAGACCCUGAUUGCGAUGUACAGUUAGAUAUCAAAUCAAGUUACUCUGGCUCCAGUUUGCAUACUAUUGACUGUAAUACAGAAACCAACGACGACUUUUGCGCUGACGAAAACAAAGAUGAUCUUUAUAUAUUUAUCAAAAAACAUGGCGUAAUAGCAUCAACUAUUGCCAGUUUUUUACUUCAAGUUUACGUCGAAGAAGUGGAUCGUAUAUAG